AUGGGCGACCCUUGGAAAGACACCAUUCGUGAUAUGGCGAAAUGGCUUAUGAAAGACCCCCCCUUCAUGUUUGCUCACAUACAAGGUCAACCAGCAAUUGCAAAGGCCAUUAAAGUUCCUCUCUUUCUACAAGAUUCUUUUUACAGAUCGAAAUCUAAUGCGGAUAUCAUCCAUAUCACAAAUGCGACAAAGAAGGAUCAAGUCUUCAAGGAACGAGAGAAGUUGAGGGCCACCCUGCGUCACACCACACAAACCGCGAAGAGCAUCAGAACGAUGGACUAUGUCGAAGCAACAAAUAUGAUAAAGAUUGCUCGUCGGGAGAAUGGUUGGUACCUUCCAGACGUUGGCAAGAACGACGGUGCUGUUGUUGUCAUUAUUGAGGCAGACCCUGAUUACUCGGCCGAGUACGCUCUCGCACUGAUAGCGUGGACUACCAUGAUCAAAAGACACAGUACAUCCAGUGCCCGUAUGCGGCUUAUGACAAUGUCAUGGGAAGGCCUUCACGAUAUGACCAAAGCCAUCUGGGACUAUUGGCCCACGGCUAAGGAACCCCUCCGAGAAUAUGUGCUGCCAUCUAUGCCGCGAAAUGGGGGACGAGUCAUAUCAGACUCAAAGAACAAAAGUGCAACGUCAGAAAUGAUGAGAUGGGUCGAAAAAGUCGCCCCUCAAGGCAUUCACACUUGUAUCAGCUUCCGAAGACCGGCGAGACUUGAUGAAUCCUGGGAUCGGUGCUACCAACAUCAUCAGCAGGAUCUAGACUCUGCAAUAAAACCUCGACGGACCCUUUUCAUUAACCUUGACUUCAAAACUGCCGAAAGGAUUCCUGACGCAGGCAAGCCUCACCUCAUAACGAGCACGAACCGUCGCCGGCUGAUCUUCGACCUCGAGACACGACAGCCCAUCACCGUCACCACAGAAUGCUCAAAGUCCGAGGAAAAGCAGCAGAUGAGCUGGGUGCACCGAUUCAGCGGAGAGAGCACAAAUAUAUACACACAGCCAGGAUUCUGCUAUGGGGCUAAUAAAAGCCGUCGACGCAUGAGAUUUGCGGAUGACCAGAUUGGGGGCUUUUUGGCAGCUCUGAGCGAGUUCGACAACUGGCCUCUCGGUAUCUCCAACGUCACGCGUCUUUUCGAUCCCAGAGGAGAAGAGUCUCAGAUCGCUAUCGACAUUAGGCAACGACUAAUUCAGCAAGGGAUCCUUCAAAAUGAUUACAAGUCGACAUUAGGGUUGUCAUUGGCUCUCCCCAAGGAAACACACGAGGCUUUCUACACUAUUCUCCCCCUUGUCGACUACGACCACCGCCUCGCGCUGUUUCUGAGCAUCAAGUCCAAGAACGACAUGAUUAACACAGCGAAAACGCAAAUGGCGGCGAUAAUUUCGGGGAGUAACACGAACUGCUUUGCGUUUGUCUAUAAAGUAGCCCCUGAGGUCAAUGAAACCAAUGACGCAGCCCGAAUUGGUCUCUUGAAGCAUGUCGCACAUACUGGUACUAUCAUGAAGGGCCUUGGAUUCAUGAAGACUGCGAUAAGCGCAACACGCUUUUCUAUGCUCCUACCAGAGAUUUACAUCAUUGAUAAACAAGUGCGUGUCUACAUGGACGAAGUAAAGCAUGUCAUGGAGCGGUGCAGAAUGCUACUUAAAGUCCUGAACACGUGCGGUUACAUCGUUAACGAAACUUUACCUUUUACCGAGGAGGAGCCAGAGGGUAUCGAAUUCGAUGUAUUCAUGGAAGUCUGGGCCCAUCUACUGAGAGCUUAUACCUACCAAAUUGCCCUCGUCACAGUCGAGCACGGCGAAGUUAUUAUUAAGGAUCUCGUCUCUCAAACACGCAUAGAAGCAAGUUUCGAGGUACAGCACAGUUUCGAAUGGGAGACUAUCUCGACUGACAAGUGGGGCUACGCUGUAGGUAUUUACACGAGAGCUGUUCGCGAGAGGGGGAGGACUGUCAUCAAAGAUUGGAAUUGGAUCCCGCCCGAGGUUUGGGAUCGUUGGAAUGCGGAGUUGCCUGGGGGUGUUGGAGGGCUGCGAACCAACUUUAAGUUGGCUAAGAAUCGCGAUGAGAUUUAUGAAAAAUGA